GCCGGAGCCGUUCCCGUCACUCUCGUCAUCACGAAGAUGGCGGCGAAGCAGAAGGGCAGCAGGCGGGCGGCGGCGGCGGCGGCGCCGGCUCGGACCGGCGGCGAGGAAGUCGACUCGUCGGCGCCGCUGCAGGCCGUGCUGGUGGCGGACAGCUUCAACAGGAGGUUCUUCCCCAUCACUAAGGACCAGCCGCGGGCUCUGCUUCCCCUUGCUAACGUAGCGCUCAUCGAUUACAGCUUGGAGUUCCUCACAAGCACAGGUGUCCAGGAGACCUUUGUUUUCUGCUGCUGGAUGGCCCAGAAAAUCAAGGACCAUAUUCAGAAAUCAAAGUGGAAUCGCCCCACCUCACCAAACACCAUCCACAUCAUGAGUUCCGAGUCCUAUCGGUCUUUGGGGGAUGUCUUAAGGGAUGUCGAUGCAAAGUCGCUUGUCCGCUCAGAUUUCAUAUUAAUUUACGGAGAUGUUGUAUCCAAUAUUAACGUGACAAAAGCACUGGAGGAACACAAGGCACGGCGGAAGUUGGAGAAGAACGUCUCGGUAAUGACAAUGAUUUUCAAGCAGGCACCACCCGGCCACAGGACGAGGUGUCAGGAAGAUGACGUUAUCACCGCCGUGAACAGCAAAACCAGCCGCUUGCUCCACUAUCAGAAGGCCAACAGGCUGAAGAAAUUCCGAUUUCCCAUGCACGUGUUCAACGGAAGCAACGACGAGAUUGAGAUUCGACACGAUCUGCUUGACUGUCACAUCAGCAUCUGUUCCCCACAGGUAGCAGAACUGUUCACGGAUAACUUCGAUUACCAAACCAGGGAUGACUUUGUGCGGGGAAUCCUUGUAAACGAAGAGAUACUGGGCAAUCAGAUUCACAUGCACGUGGCAACGGACGAAUAUGGCGCAAGGGUCACCAAUCUCCUCACGUACGAGGCGGUGUGCUCAGAUGUGGUCCGCCGCUGGGUGUACCCCCUGACGCCGGAGAUGAACUUCCCGGAUGACGACAAGGGUUUCUGCGUCCACCUGCGGCACAACGUGUACCGGGGAUCUGAGGUCAGCCUGGGUCAGGGCAGCGUACUGGAAGAAAACGUUGUCAUUGGCAGAGGCACCAUCAUAGGAAAGAACUGCUUCAUCUCAAACACCACCAUUGGCCACAACUGUUUCAUAGGAGAUAAAGUGAAACUUGACCAAGCCCAUAUCUGGAAUGACGUCACUGUCGGGGUUGGAGUGGAGAUCUGCCGAUCCGUUGUGUGCAGCAACGUGGAAGUUAAGCCCGGAGUCAAACUCAAUCCACACUGUGUUUUAGCAUUUAAUGUGACCGUAGGGCCUAAUUUAUCCCUUCCUGAAGGCAGUGUGGUCUCGAUGCACUUGCCAGAUGAAGAGGAAGAUGACGACGAGUUCAGUGACGAUGCAGAUGUGAACCAUGAACCGUUGAAAGCCAAGGUGAAAGGCUACAAUCCGACAGAGGUGGGUUCGGAAGGCGUGGGAUAUAUAUGGAAAGGCCGAGCUAUGCAAGAGGAUGAAGAGGACGAUAUAACACAUGACAUGUGGGGUCUGUCUCUGAAGCCUCAGUCAAGGAGCGAGAGUGAAAGCGAAAUGAGUCUUUGCUCACAAGAGGAAGAGAACAGAAGCAUCUCUCCCCAACUGGAUGAUGCAAAAGUAUUCCAGAAUGAAGUUCUCGGCACGCUGCAGCGAGGAUUGGAGGAAAACAUUUCCUGUGAUCACCUUGUGCUGGAGAUCAACUCUCUCAAGUACGCCUAUAACAUCACCAUGAAAGACGUGACACAGCUCACCUUUAAGGUGGUCCUGGAAAUGCCCCUGCAACAGCACGGACCUGACAUCUCUUCCACACAUUACGGCAACAGCCUAGUCUCGCUUUUGAAGAAGUGGUCACAAGUGUUUAAGAAUUACAUCAAGCGGGCCAUCGAUCAUCAGAAUUGCCUGGCUGUUGUUGAGGAGUUUUUCACCGAACACGAGGCCUUGUGGCCUUCCCUGGUCAAGGUACUAAUGACCCUGUAUCAGCUGGAAGUGCUGGCAGAAGAGGCUUUCCUCCACUGGUUCUCUCAGACCACAUCGACAGACAAGGCGAAGCGGCUUCGCAAGCACCAAGGGGUCCAGAGGUUCAUCAAGUGGUUAAAGGAGGCGGAAGAGGAAUCGUCCGGAAAAGAAGACUGACGGCCAGAUGGUACAGAUCACACAGGACCUCCCGUCAUCUGCAGGGCACCACUGUUGACCUGCCAAACCCCGUUGGGCCCGUUUAUACCAUUUUAAAGGCAAGAAGUAAAAGAGUUUAUCAGACUGAAA